CAUCAACAACUCGACCAAUUCAAUUGAGAUUUAGAUUUAGACGUUGAUUUAUCCAGAUUAAGACGCAGUCCUGAUUUAGCUGGUCAAGGGAGCACAAGUUGAAUACGUCAACCGCAAAAUAAAGUCACUUGAUACAAAGCAAUGGCAAUGGAUCUUAUCUACGCGACGGGUCGAGGCCUCAAGCAAGGGUCAUCUUUCGGGCAAAAUACAUUCAAACUCUUUGUGGAUAAUCCGGAUGUUGAGAAAUCAGUCUGUCUCCAUUUAGACGUGGAAAUCGAGGGACCCGGAAAGUCACAGAUUGUGACUCAAAAUUUUGGAAAUGGUACUGUUGGAGUGAACUACCGUGUCGCAAAGGCUGGGAAUUACUUGAUCCACGUUAAGUAUCAAGGGAACCACAUUGAAGGGUCCCCUUUUCACUUAAAGGUCAACUGAUGGUUUCGAAACACUUUUCUGGAAUUGAAAUAUGCAUAUAAAUAUAUUUAUGAUCUGAUUGAAACCAGAUUUUAUAAUUAGUUUUUUGUCUCAAUUUUCCCCUCUUAACAAUGUUUACUAAUAUUAUGUGAUUUGCAUGCGUACAUACAUACAUAUAGUGAUGUAUUAAUAUUUAUGUAGUUUCACUAACAAUUUUCCUAGCAGGAAGAAACUUUAUGUAUGUACAUAUCUAAAGAAAGCAUUGUACAAAUAAAUAAAAAUAAACGCGUUUCGCAGUCCUCAGUUGUGACCA